UUCAGAGGAAAUAAUAACUUUUGUUUUAAAUUUUGGUGCGCAACUUUGUUUUUGGUCCACCGGUGCUCCAUGGGCAUUUUAGACUUUACACUCAGGGUUUUUUAGACUUUUCCCCUGCUCUCUUUCUCCCUCUCACCCCAACCCUUGUUCUGAUCUUCCUCUGACCCCUUCGUUCUCAACUGAAACCUUGGAUGACUCUCUCCCUUCCUCCACUCCACUCCUCCACAAGCUGAGAGACGCUUCCUCACAAUCCCUCAUCUCGACUCCAUGGCCUUCCCGCAAGGACGAGCCCUUCCGCUUCACCGACCUCUCCCUCAUCCGCUCCUCCAAAAUCCUCCCCUUCGCACACCCCACAAAAAGUGUCAAAUUUUGCUGACAUAUAUAGAUAUUCCUUUUCAACAAACCUAUGCUGCAAAGAUAAAGGUGAUCAAAACAAAAAAAAAAAAAAAAAAACAGCUGAAAGGUUCUAUAUGCCAUGGACAUCAAAGAAGAAAUGAAUGGUUCUAAGAAUCUUGAUGAACAAAAGCUCCCACUCCUGCGAAACGCGGAGGUGCCAGAAACAGAGAGGAACCAGGUUCAGAAAGCCAUCAGCCAGACAUUUCAGAGCACGGCGCAGUUGGCAAACCUUUUACCUACUGGCACUGUCCUUGCUUUCCAGCUUCUGUCUCCAAUCUUUUCAAAUGCAGGCAACUGUGAUUCAGUCAGCAGGCUCAUGACUGCCUCUCUUGUUGCUAUUUGUGGUGCCGCGUGCUUCCUGGUAUGCUUUACUGACAGCUUUAGAGACAGCAAGGGGAACAUCUGUCAUGGGUUUGCCACCUUCAGGGGCUUGUGGGUCAUUGACGGAUCAAACACACUCUCGCCUCAACUUGCUGCAAACUAUCGCCUGCGGUUUAUAGAUUUCCUGCAUGCGGUGAUGUCAGUUUUGGUAUUUGCAGCAAUUGCAUUAUUUGAUCAGAAUGUUGUAAAUUGCUUUUUCACAGAACCUUCAAAGGAGACACAGGAAAUUCUCACAGCAUUGCCAGUGGGCAUAGGUGUUUUGUGCAGCAUGCUGUUCGUUGCAUUUCCCACACAGAGACAUGGAAUUGGCUUCUCACUUUCAACAAAUUAAUCGAUGAGAACUUUUUUAUGUUCAUGCUUGUAACCUUAUGACAUUAACAUGUCUAAUUGAUUAAUGAAUUUUGGUGUUG